AUGCAUCCCUACAUCCUCGACUCGGUUCUCUCGCUGUUCAGCAGAGACGUCAAGGAUAACAUCCGCCUGCUGGUGACAUUCGCCGACAUGGCCCAUCCACCGGUGGUCGAGGCCUACGCAUCCGCCAAAUUUCCCGUGACGUCGGCCGGCGGAAUCGCCUACAACCUUGCCUACAACAAAUUCGACAAUUCCGUUCUCUACGCUUCCAACGAGCAGCAGGACGAGACGGACGGACGACAGGAUGGAUCGGCCCUAGAUGAUUUCAGGACCAACGACCCGUUUUUGAACGAUUGCGUCUUCCCGUUGUUGCGUCACGUUGGCGUCUAUCGCGGUCGGGCCGACCUGUUGUGCGAUCCGGCCAUUUUGCGUCCGCUCGGCAAGAUAUGGGAAGAGGGAUUCAACAUUUGCCAAGAGUGGAAUGAUUUGAUUGAAUUAAUCGUCAACAAAUUCAUGCGCCAUUAUGAAGCCAACGGCUGCCAGGCCAUGGAAUCGCCGGAACCAGUGGUGAUGUCAUCGGAGAAAGCGGAAACUUCCCGGGCUAAACCAGGAAACAUCUAUAACAAUCCUGCCUCAUCAUUACAACCUCGCAGCAAAAUUGAAUCACUCCGGGAUCAGCUCGUCAAAUCCGGAUUCCAGAAACAACUGGAUUGGAUCCAAUCGUGUCUAUUAACCUCAUGUUCGGCCCGUCUGGACACCUAUGCUGGCCAGGAAUUCCGCCAUGCCAUCAUUUGCCUCAGCUUGAAAAUGAACGUUCCGUGCCCGAUUGUUCCGUGGACGGAACUGGAAGACUCCGCCCUUCGUUCCCAGCAGUUUCUUCAUCUUCUCCACCGCGUCGGACUUUUCCCCGACUCCUACCAGCCUUCUAUCUACCCACGUAUUCCUCGACACUGGUCGGCCGACGUCCUCUACAGCGUCGCUCUCAUUUUCGGGCCCGUCCAUCAGCAGCGAAUCGAUUUCGACUUGUCCCGUGUCCGGCCAAUCAAAUUGAACAUUCCCCAUUCGGCCGUCGAUCUUCAAUCGGAUGGCCAGAUGUUCAAUACCCCCGCCAGCAAUCAUAGCGAUGAACCGGUAACAGGAGAUAGCUCAAUGUCGAGAGCGGACUCGUUGGAAGUCCAGAAAAACGACUCGAGCGAAGACGAAGAAAUGGAAUGCUCGGACAGCAGCAAAAGGUUAACGAUCUCACCGAGAAAUUCAUCUGAACUUCAUCGGGUCCCGCUCGACUGGUCCGUCCACCCGGACAUGGGCAGACAAUUGAGCGGCGAUGGCGACGUGACUUUUUAG